AUGCAACCAACUGAUAUUGAUUAAAUUGAUUCAAGUCUAAUAAUAUAAAAUUGUAACUUGUUUGUAUCUGCAUCCUUAGGUACAUCAGGUUUUGCAUAUUGUCUUGUAUGCAACUAAGAUUAUUCCUUUGACAUAAAUGGUGUCUGCAAUACUAAUUAAUAAUUAAACCCAAAAUCACCUCGACCAUAAGUUAAAAAUUUAUUUUAAGCAUCAAAAAUAAAAUCUAUAAUGUCUAGUGCAUCUGAUCCAUCUUAGAGUAACAUUUAGUUUUAAAUUAAUUAGGAUGAAAUAUCAGAUUUCUUGGUUAUUGGUUAUUUUAAACUAACUAGUUGGUCUAAUAAUCUUAAAAAAAUACCAUUACUAACAGUAAGUGUAUAGAGUGAAUGGUAUAAUUUCUUAAAUUUUUAUUUAAAUAGUGAUACGAAUUUAGAAUUAAAAUAAAUAAUCGAUAAUUUAAAUGAUGUAGAAAUUAUUUAAUAAUAACUCCCCUUUUCCAUUCUAAAUAGAUGGCUUGUUUUUGGGAUAGGUUAUUAACUAAAUUAGUAAUUAUCUUAUGCUAUUUACUAAGACAUUUACACAAACUAGCUACAAAAAAUAUAAAUAUCAUCUUAAUACUAACUAGAUUCUAGAAUUACUGCAUUAUCAGUUUAAAUUGGCAGUUAAGCUUAAGCAAUUUCACUUUUUUCUUCUUUUGUCGGUUAAGUGAGCUCUUUGAAAAUUAUUUAACAGCCUUUCAUAUAAAAUCUAUAAUAAUAUUAGUUUAUAUUUGAAGGAAAUAGUGGUGACUUGGGUCUGCUAAAUCCUAACUUUUAAAAGAUUGUGAGCUUGAAAGAUAUUUACACCUUUAAUUAUGAUGCAGAUUUAAUUAUAGAUUGUAUAGAUAAUUAUUUUUUUCAAGGGGUUUGUAUUAAUUAACUUUAUUGUUCAGAGCUAGGAAGUUAGUAAUAAUUUUUAGGUGUAAGUAAUUCCAUGUUUGCUGACUAGAACCAGCAAGCUUGCAAUUACUGUGAUUCUACUUGUAUUUAAUGCACUUCUUAAACUGUUUGCUUAGCAUGCUAAGUAGGAUAUUUUUUAGACUAAAAUAGCUAAUGUAUACCUUGUAACUCUUCUCAAUACUAUGACUUAAAAUUAAGUUAAUGUGUUGAUAUUUGCUCAAUAGGCUACUAUGCUGAUAAAAUUAACUAAAUAUGCAUCUAAAAUUUUGAUUUAUAAUAAUAUUAAAUUCUGCCAAAGUUUUAAUUAAGCUACUUUUUUGAUAAUGAAGGCUUCUAUUAAAUAGAUACAUUUGGCGAUAUUUAAAUAAACCAAUAUACUAUUUGUUUUAUUGAUUUCUCUUAUUAAGGCUAUUCAUUUUUUGGAUCUAUUUCAAGUGAAGCAGGAUAUUCAGUGUAUAUGCAAUGGGAAGGUUUUCCUGCACACUAUAAAAAAUAAGUCAAUUUUUAUGUUGUUUUAUUUAGCUCUCAAAAUAUAAACGAUUUAUAGGUUUAAAUAAAUGGAAUUCAAGCUCAAUUUAUAUAAAGUUAAUUGGUUACCUAAUCAUUAAAUUAGUGCUAAGGAUCAAGUGCUCCACUUAAUUUAUACUAAGUAUAUUAUGAAUUAUUGAAUAAUGAUUCAAACUAUUAAUUAGCCAUUUAAACCUCAGGAUAAGGAUUUGCUGUAAGAAAUGUAAAUGUUAGUGUUCAAAAAUGCCAUAAUACUUGUAUAUCAUGUUAAAACGGUCCAAAUCAGACUGAUUGCAUAGAGUGUGAAUUAGGAAAUGCUUCAAAAAUAGAUAAUUAAUGUGUGUGCUAGUAAAACGAAUAUGCAUAUUUCAUGAAUUGCUAUUCUCCACCAUGCUUUAAAUGCAAUCCUUGUAUCUUAAGUAAUUGUAGCUAGUGUGAAGAUUUUACAGGGAAUUGUUUAAAAUGCUAAACUGGAUUUGUUAUUUAAGAUGGUUAAUGCUAGAAAGCGUGCAAUUAAUUUUACAGUAUUGAUAAAUCUCAAGCAAACUAAAUAUGUGUAAAAGCAUAAGAUUUAAUUAUAUCUAACUUUAUAGAUGGAAGAGUAGUUUAAUAUUUAGAUUUUUGGAAUUUAUCUUUUCAAUAUACUAAUCCAUUUUCCUGUUUUGAAUAAUCUUUUUUACCUGAUAUAUCAUAAGGAUAAUACUAUCAAUUACAAUACAAUUUCAAUAAUUUUUAAAGUUACCAUAAUUAAAUAGCAAUAUAAAUUGGUGUUAUAGAGAUAGGAUAGUUUUCUUCUGGAGAUUAAAUUUUAAUUUCUGAAUCUAAUGAAUAAGUUUUAUAACAGCCAAUUUAAAGCAACUAAUUAAGUUGCAGUACUUUAUCUGAUUAUUAAAGUUCUAUCAAUCAAAUUCAAAUAGCGAUAAAUAAAGCAAACGGACAAAUUAAUUUUAUUUUCUAAGCUAAUACAAAUCCUGGAACCAAUUAAGAAAACCUUUCAAUUGGACAAUUUUUGUUAUUUUUCUAAUACAGCCUCUUUGUGCAAGUUACGAUCAAAGCAGCUUUUUAUGCAUUAAUUGCUUUCAGAAUGCAGCUUUAGACGCAAAAGGAUAUUGUCAAUGCCAAGAAGGAUACUAUUACAGCUAUGAUUUCACAAAAACUUAAGCUUCAUGCAAUUUAUGUAAUGCUGCUUGCAAAUUUUGUAGCGGACCUUCUUUUUGGGAUUGUGUUACAUGCGCUGAAGGUUAUAUGUAUGAUGGCUCUAAGUGUAUAAUUUGCAACAUUGGAUUUUAUUUUGAUUAAUAAGAAUUAAAGUGCUUACCUUGCAAUACUUUUUGCUUCGAGUGCACAGGCCCUAGCUAGCAUGAAUGCAUAAGUUGCACGUUAGGAUUUUAUUUAUAUCAAGGGAGAUGCUUUGAAAAUUGCCAAAUAGCUGAUCCUUCUACUGUCAAUGAUGAUUUUAGUAAAUAGUGUGUUUAAAGUAGAAUUAGUUAGGGAUAGGAUAACUUAAAUAUAUUUAUGUGGAUAAAAUUAAGAUGAUAUGGUAGGUUUAUAUUUUUAAUUGGCUUAAUUUGUAAUACCAAGUUUAUAACCCCAUUAGACUAUGAAAAUAUACUUCUAAUUGUAUAUUACAAGUAGUUGCUUGAAUUGUUCAAUUUAGCUCAUAAGCUAAAACGGAUAAGUUAUUGGAUAAACAGUAAAUAUUUAAUAGUAGGACUGUGAUAUCAAUUCAUUAAUUAGCUUUUCUUUUAUCAUUUAAGAUUCUAGUUUUGUUAUUCAAGAUUACUUAUUCACUGUUUCUUUUGUUGAAAAUAUUAAUUUUGCAAUUAGAAAUAUCUAAGUAUCAACUAUAAUUUGCCAUCCAACUUGUGCUAAAUGUUCAGGACCUUUGGAAACUGAUUGCACAGAGUGUCCAAUUAACGCAGAAUUAGAUCCAAUAAAUAAAAAUUGUAAAUGCACUUAGCUUGGUUUUGGAUUUGGAAUUUCUGAUUAAUCUUUAUGCAAUUCAUAAUUUUCUUGCCUAUCAUGUGUUUAAUGUUAAUAUCCUUGCAAAACAUGCUAUGCAGCAAAUGUUUAUUCUUGCAAUAGUUGUGCUUAAAACUACAUACCAUUCUUAGAAUAUUGUGUUUAGUAGUGUCCUUCUUUAAUUUCUUUGCAGUAUUUAAAUAAGUAAACAAAUUAGAUUGUCUGUCUUCCUUGUCCAAAACCUUGUCUAGAAUGUAAUUCCAAUGGAAAUUGUUUAUCUUGCUUAAAUGGAUAUUUAUACCUAAAAGAUAAGUAAUAAUGUUUAACAAGUUGUCCUACUAAUAAUUAUUAUCUUGAUAUAUCAACAAACACAUGCUUAAAUUGCCAUUAUUCUUGCCUGUCCUGCUCUGGGCCAACUUAGUAUGACUGUAUCAACUGUAUAGAUGGAAUGUAUUACGAUAAUUAGUUAAAUGUAUGUGAUUAUUGCAACUCUUUGUGCUAAACAUGUAUAUAAUCUACAAAUUAUGAUUGUAUCUAGUGCUCUCAAGAUGUUACUCUUUUUUAACCAGCUUCUGAUAUAAAAAUAUGCACUGUACAAUGUGAUGAAUAUCCAGGAUACUUUCUCGAAUAAUAUACUGAUUAAUAAAGUCUUUAAGUUGUAAGCACUUGCUCAAAAUGUGCAGAAAAUUGUUUAUCUUGUUACAGUAGCUAAAAUGGAUGUUAUUAAUGUAGUGAUGGAUUCUAUUUGAAUGAAAAUUAUGAGUGUGAUCCAUGUGAUGACUCUUGUCUCACUUGCUUUAGUUAUAAAUAAAAUAACUGUUUAUCAUGCAUUUAAUCUCUAGUAUUAUAUAAUGGUCAAUGCGUUUAAUAGUGUCCUCUUUAAUAUUAUAUAAACUAACUGCCAAAUAAUAAAAAGGAGUGCAUUCUAUGCCCUAGCUAAUGUAUCGCAUGCACUUCAAAUUAAAACUGCUUUACAUGUGCAUAUGGAUAUUACAAAUAAGAUACACAGUGUUUAAUGUGUUAAAAUAAUUGUGAAAUAUGCUAUGGUUUGUAAGGUAUGUAUUGCUAAAAAUGUAGAUCAUCAUAUUACUUACAAAAUAGCUUAUGUGUACAAUAAUGCUAAGUAGUUAACAAUAUUGGUUAUUACAUGGAUAUUGCUUCUAGAACUUGUAAGUAAUGCGAUUAAUCUUGUCAUGAAUGUUUUAAUCCAUAGUCAACAGGCUGUAAAUCUUGCAGAGAUGGUUACUAUUUACUUUCUGGUAUAUGUUAUGGAUGCCCUUCUAAUUCUCUUUAAUGUUACUAUGACGAUUAAUAGAAGUAAAUUCUAGCAAUUCAGUGUGCGAACCCUUAUUUUCUUUUUUAAGGGUUCUGCAAAAAAAGCUGUCCUUUAAAUUUUUAUCAAGAUGUAGCAUCGAAUACAUGCAAAUUAUGUAAUUUAGCAUGUUCUCAGUGUACUGGUCCUUUAAGUUAAUAGUGCUAGUAAUGUAAUAAUGGUUAUUUUUAUGCUGGCUAGAACACAUGUUUACCUUGUUAAUAAGGUAGUGGUGUAGGAGUUUAUGAUUGCAUCUCUUGUUCAUCAUUUAAUUAUUGUCUUAAAUGCUAAACUUUAAUAAAUUUUAAUGGUAUGUGCUUAAGCUAAUGUCUAGAAAAUUAUUAUUUCAACUAAUAAUAGCAAAAUUGUUAAAGAUGCAAUUUUCCUUGUCUUAAUUGUUCAGAUUAAAAUACUUGUACUAGUUGCAUAGAUGGUUAUUAUUUACUAGGAGACUAUUGCCUUAAAUGUGAUGUAAAGUGUAAAACCUGUAACGGUGGAACAGAUUAAGACUGUCUUUUGUGUAACUAACCUUUCAUGCCAUAAUAAAUAGAUCAAAUUGAAUGUGUAAUUAAAUGCAGCAUCGGAUAUUAUCAAACUAAUUAUAGUUGCUUAAAAUGUAAUAAAGCUUGUUCAUAGUGUAUUGAUCAAACAAAUGUUUGUGAGGUAUGUGCUGAAGGUUAUUAUAAAAAUUCUGACUAGUCCUGUUAACCUUGUGAAGAUUUUUGUUAGAUUUGCACAGGAAUAAAUAGUUGCACUCAAUGUUAAAAUGGAUAUUUAUUAUUUUAAGGUACCUGCUUAGAAUAGUGCCCAGAGGGUUACUUAAAUUCAAAUGGAAUUUGUAUACCAUGUAAUUCUAAUUGCAAAAGCUGCUAAAUUAGCAUAGACAAUUGUGUAUCAUGCAAUGAUGGUUAUUAUAUUUUGAAUAAUGCAUGCCUACCUUGUGUAAAUAACUGUUCUCUUUGUAGCUCUUCAACUAGUUGCACGAAAUGCCAAUUAGGAUAUUUUCUAGAAGACAGUAUUUGUAAAACAUAAUGUCAAAAAGAAGGUUUUUAUUAAGAUUAUACUUAGUAUAUGUGCCUGCCAUGUGAUGCUAGCUGUAGAAAUUGCAUAUCUGGAGCUUUUAAUAAAUGUUUAAACUGUUAUGAUGGAUAUUACUUAGAGAAUGAUCCAUAAUCAUAAAGAUGCUUACCUUGUAACUCUCUCUGUACUUAAUGUUUUGGUGCAUCUAAUUCUAAUUGUUUAAGGUGUAGAUUGGGAGUAAAGUUUGAUUAAAUUAACUAGACAUGUAUUUCUUGUCCUUCUAAGUAAUUUUACAAUAGCCAAAGUGGAGUUUGUGAAUAAUGUUCUCCAUCAUGCUUAGAAUGUUUUGGACCUUCUAAAAAUAAUUGUAUAAGUUGUAAUGCCUCUACGUUUCUUAAUAUAGAUACUGAUACAUGCGAAGCGUGUUUUCCUUCAUGCAUGAAUUGCUAUAACGGCUAGCAAUGCAUAAAAUGCUAAUAAGGUUUUUAUCUUAUUGAUAACUAAUAUUGCUUAUAGUAAUGUCCAAACUAAAUGAGAGUCUUAGAUGAUAAAUGCUUAUGUAAUGAAACUUGUGCAAAAUGUACUUAUGACCCCAUAAAUAAUUAGAGUAUUUGCAUUAGGUGUAUCAAUGAUGAGUAUUUACUUUAUGAUAAUUAAUCUAAUUGCAUAAAAAUCACUGAGUGCUAAUAUUACAAAGAUUAUACAACAAAUUCAUGUACUGAAUAAUGUCCUUCAACAGCAUUAUACAUAGAUUUAGUAAACAAAGCUUGUUAAUAUUCUUAAUGCAGUGAUAAUUAAUAUUUAUUUAAUAGCAAAUACUGUAUUUCAUCCUGUCCUGAUAAUUUUUAUGCUGAUAGCUAAAAUAUUUGUUAACCAUGUAAUUAUAAGUGCUAAAAAUGCUUUGGCCCCUCCGAUAACAAUUGCAUAGAAUGUAUUUAAAAUUAUUAUUUUCAUCAAGGCAUAAAUGCAUGCUAAGACAGUUGCAUCCAAGGAUAUGUUUUGUAAUAGUAGAAUAACUAUUAAUGCUAAGUUUGUAAGUAAAAUUGCAAAGCCUGUGUUAACUCAUUAGUGCUAUUUUAAGGAGAUUGCUUAUAAAAUUGUCCAUAGGGUUUCUCUGAGAAUGCAGGUGGUUAUUGCUUUUAUAAUCCUGAUCCUAGUAUAAGAAUAUAUAAUCUGCAAUAAAACCAAACAAUAUCAUUGAUUUAAGAUACCUAAAUAGAAGCAAGUCUAUUCUCAAAUAAUAAUCCAACCAGAAUAUAGUGGGAUAUUAUCCAAACAAAUGACAACAGUUUCGUAAAAAGCUUUUAAACUAUUCAGUCUUUUGAUUUAUUCCAGCUAAUUCCUUACAUUAUUCUUUCUCCUUCAAGCUAUUAUAUUUUUAGAAUUACUAUUGAGCUGACAGAAGAUAUAUAACUUUAGGAUAGUGAUUCAUAAUCAAGCUUUGUAUUUUUUAUAUCAGAUUGGUAAUAUGAUCAAAUUAUUUACUACGAUCUAAGCUUCUAUGAAGUUUUUAGGAUACUAGAAAGUGAGAAUUUAAAUUUGUAAGAUGGAAGUAAUAGUAAUAAUAAUAAUAAAAUCUAUGAUUUUUAUAAAGAUAACUUAUUUAGAGUUCACAAACAUAUCUAAAUAGAAGGUCCAAUAUAAUUUACAUAUACUUUUCAGCCAAUUUCAGUUAAUGUAAACUUAUUCUGCGAAUUGAAAGUCUAUGAUGAUUUUAACUAUGAUACUGUAUAUCAAUACAUCCUACUUUAGGUAAAUUCUUAUGAUUUGCCAGAGGACUAAAUAGCAGCAGCUGAAAGUACACUAAAUAUAAUUAAAAGUUCAAAUAAUGAUGAAGUUAUUUAGAACUUGAUCUUUAACUAUUCUUUUUAAAUGAGGAUUUUAAUUGUAAGAGAUUAAGAGAAAGAAUAAUCUCUAAAAAAUUAAAUAAAUCUAAGAUCAAUAGCCUAUUUAUCAGGUAUAGACGCUACUUAAUUAUCGUUGUGUGACAAUACAAUUGACUGCUACGGUAACGGUAAAUGUAUAGAUUAAGUAGAUGGCUAAAUUUUGUAAAGGAGCUCUUCAUAUGUAAUUUCUUAGCUUUAAGGGUUAAACAUAGAUAUUUAGGAUUUAAUUUAAUUAAAUUAAAAAAUAACACAAAUGAUAUCUUCAUCACUAAACAUAGGUGAUAAGCUCAUUUCCUACUCAGACUCUAGCAAUUUCAUUUCUUAUCCUUAUUUAAUUACAAGUAGUGCUAAUACUACUUAAUCUAAUAGGAGAAUGCUUUAAAAUUCUUAAUAAGAUUCUCUAUCUAAAUAAAAUAUUACUUUAUCUUUGAACAGCUUCACUGUUUAGUUUCCAGCUGAAAUUAUUUAAAGUACCUCUAAAUAAGUUAUAGUAGCACAAUAAUGGACAUAAGACCCAAGACAAGCUCCUUUUGCAGUUUCAUAAACUGUAUCUUUAUAAGUUUAAUAGAAUGGUAUUGAGAUGAAUGUUCAAAACACUAAUUAACCUAUUAUUAUUACUCUUCCUAAAAUAAUACCUUCACCUAUAUCAGAAGACACAAGUUCCAUAAGCUGUAGCUUUUAUGAUGAAAUUACAAACUCAUUUUAAAAUGAAGGUUGUACAUUUGUUAAAGAAACCAUACUAAAUAUAGUAUGCUCAUGUACACAUUUGACAGAUUUUACUGCAUAGAAGAUAUAGAAUUAGAGUGUAAAGAAUUAUAUAGAUUUAGGUUCGCUUAUAACAACUAUGAACCAAGGAUAAGAAGAACUAUAAAACUUAAAUUAAAAAAUAGCUAUAAUAUCAUUACCAACUUUAGCAAUAGGUUAAAGAUAGGUUAGUUUAGUUACAUAAUUGUAAGUUAUUUAAAGUGGAGGAAUCAAUUAAUUUUUAUAGAGAAACAUGAUAUUUUUAAAGGAGGAUCCAGAUUACGUUAAUGAUAAUCUUGAUAUACUUCAUUAAGAUUUGAUCAGUUUAUAUUAUGAUUAAGAGAUAAAUCAGACAUAAAGCACCAAAUCAUUUUAAAUAAAUAAAUUAUAAGCAUUGUUCUAUAUGCUUAUUGUACUUGUCUUCGUUCUCCAUAUUUCAAUGAGAGCUUGCUUAAGAUUUAAACAUAAGCUUUUAAAUAAUGAAUACAAUCGAAUUAAAAUUUAGAAAAAAAAAUUUGAAAAAGCUAAAACUAUUUAAAAAAAGUUUGAUAUGUCCAAGUUUAAGUUCACCUUAUAAAAAUAAAGAGCUUCCAUAAAAAAAACUGAUGAAAAUAUUUAAGGAUAAGACAAACAGAAUGCUUAAAAAAAAGAUAGUGUGAUAAAAUUCUAAGAUUAAGAGCAGGAAACAAUUUUUACUUAAUCUCCUCCUUUGAUCUCAUUGGAGCUAGAAUCUAUCUUUUCACCAAAAAAUAUGAAAUUAGAAACUAAUAAAUCUAAAGAUUAGGUGAAGCAUAUGGAAAAAUAAAAUCCUCAUUUUUAAUAAAAAUAGGAUUAAGAACCUGAGUUUUCUAUUAAGGGCUCUUCCCCUUCUUUUACAAAAUCAAACAGCACUAUGGCUUAUGAUUAGUCGAAAUCUCCAAAUUAAUAUUCUAUUUCAUAUAAAAGAUCUAUAUUUUCUAGAAAUCAAGUAACAUAUAUGAGAUUUAAUUAAACAGAUAAUUAGUUUACAUUAACAUAAGAUGAGUGUGCAGAUGAUAAUCAGAAUUAUGAUACUAAAUGCACUGAUGGAAAUUUAAUUACAGAGAAUGAUGGUAUUUUAGAAGAAAUAAUCAGAUUCAAUAAUAGAAACCUCAAAUUUAAAAAGCCUUUAAUCUUAAAACGUUAAUUAAAGUGA